AUGGCCGAUAUCGAUAUCACGAUUGCCCAGUGGAAGCUGGUUGAGGUUGGCCGUGUCGUGCUGAUCCGCCGCGGUCCCUACACCGGCAAGCUCGCUGCCAUUGUCGAGAUUGUCGACCACCGCCGUGUCCUCGUUGACGGUCCCUCCACCGAGGAGAACAAGAUCGUCCCCCGUCACGUCCUUCCUCUCGCCCACGCCACCCUCACCCACUUCGUGAUCCCCCAGCUGCCCCGUGCUGCCGGCACCGGCCCUGUGCGCAAGCUCUGGCAGAAGAACGAGAUCGAUGGCAAGUGGGCCAAGAGCUCCAUUGCCCAGAAGACCGAGCGUGCUGAGCGCCGGAAGAACCUGAACGACUUUGAGCGCUUCAAGGUUCUGCGCCUCCGGAAGCAGGCUCGCUUCGAGGUCCAGAAGUCUCACGCCAAGCUCCGGGCGGCUGCUCCUAAGGCGUAA